AAUAAGUUGCACCAAAAUAAAUGAAGAUGCAGCUAACUAAAUGUUUCAAAGUAUCCUAUUUUUGGCUGAUAUUAGGUGGAGUUUGGUAUCCUCGAUCUCUGGAAAAUACUCGUAUGUUAUAUGCAGUUAAUAUUUACAGAGUAUUUGGAACGAUUUUUAUUAAUGUCGGGAUGUUAGCUAUUCAGUUCAUAUAUUUUUUUACGGUCGUUGGUAAGGACUUGGACAAAACCGUUGACGCCACCGCCUUAUUUACGUUUGUAGGAUAUCUCUACAAAGCAAUAACUGUAAUCAAGAACAGACGAAGGAUCAACAAGCUACUAGAUAUAAUUGACAAUGAAACCGAUAAAGACGACUUGUUACGGAAUAUGGCAGUCAACAUAAAUUUUAUAUCUUAUUUCUACAACGGGUGGGCUUGUCUGACGGCGAUAAUGUGGAACCUUAUUCCGUUUACAAAAGCUACGCUCACUUUACCAUUUUACUACCCUGAUUUACCACCGUCGUCGCAAUGGUUUGUUAUAUGGUAUAUCUAUCAAGCUACAAUACUGAUAAUCAACGGGGUAGCGCAAACGAGCGCAGAUCAUCUGUUCGGGGGUCUAAUGGCGUUCGCGGCGACUCAGCUAAAACUACUUCAAUACAAGCUUGAAGCUAUUGGAACUAAAACUGACAGCACAAUGGAAAUAGAUGAGGCAAUUAACAGCACAGUUCAAAAACAUGUGUCGUUUGCUAAAACGAAAAAUAACCCUCCGUUUGAGUAUAAACGAAAACGGAAUCAAGUUGAUAAAAACAAGACAACAAUUGGCAACAAAAUAUAUUAUGAAAAGGAAGUAGUUGAACAACAAUUCCUUAGCAAACGAUGCGAUCUUUUUAAUAUUUAUCCCUACAAUGCUUCCGUCGCAAGGGCUGAAAAAGAGCUUACUGCAAAUCCUAUGAUACGUACUCAACUGCCAAACAAAGCUCAAAGAGAACAGGAAGACUAUGAGGAAACGAUUUCAUGUGUUGAAUAUCACUUAAAAAUUAUAUGGUUUGUAGAGGAACUAACGGAUAUCUUCGGAGGAGCCGCGUUUGGACAAUUUGUAUUAGCUGCACCGCUGAUAUGCUUAUCAAUGUUUAUUAUUAUGACCAGCAGUGAUGUGACGGAGAUAGUGACCAGGAUUUUAUAUUUUGGAUGCCUAUCAGGGCAACUUUUUAUUUAUUGUUUCUGUGGGAAUCUGAUAAAGACGCAGAGUGACCUCGUGGCAACAGCAGCAUACAACAGUCAUUGGACGUCCACAUCUGUGCGCACCCAGAAGGCUCUCCAUCUACUCGUUAUCAGAGGCCAGAAAACUAUCUCUGUGGUGGCAGGCAAUCUAUUCGAACUUUCUCUGGUCACAUUUGGCGCGUUAUUGAAAUCAUCGUAUUCGUUUUUCGCGGUUUUGAGGAAACAACACGAUGAAUAAAAUAAGAAGGCAUACAUAGAUUUUAGUUCUAAUAUACCUAUAGGUAGAUAAGAUAGCGGG